AUGACACGAACAGACCCACCUGACAUCCUGGUGUCUACGGUGUACCAAGACAUAAAGGUGGCCGCAGCAGCCCCCAGGGAUUCGAUCGUCCGCCAGCCCCUGGCACGAUGUGACGCCCCCAUGUCCUCGUCCCUGCCCCGCGAGCCGCAGCCCUUCAACAAGCGCCACUGCAGGAGCUUCGACUUCCUCGAGUCGCUGGACGAGCCGCUGGGCACGACCCCGGCCAUGGAGCGGCCGCGCCCGCGCCCCGGCACCCCGGAGCCCACGCCGGGCCCCCCGGGCAGGCGCGCGCCGCCGCCGCAGCCGGACGCUCCCGGCGGCAGAGCCCCCGCGGCCCGGAGCGAGCCCAAGCGCCGCGCCCGCUCCAAGAGCGCGCCGCGGGUCAAGGCCACCUUCACCCCGGUGCCCAUCAGCGUGUCGGCGUCGCCGCCGCCGGCCCGGCGCGGGCGGGAGGCGCUGCGGGCGCUGCGGGAGCCGUCGCGCCUCGAGCCGUCCCCGCGCCGGGAGGCGCAGCCCUCGCUGCGGGCGCUGGCUAACGAGGUGCAUCCCAUCAAGCUGCAGCCGCAGCGCAGCAGCGUCAGCCGCAUCUCCCCGCUCUGCCUGGGAGGCGGCAACUGCUUCGAGGAGGGGCCGGGCGUCAAGGUGGGCGCCAGCCCCCACGUCAAGUGCCGGGUGGACAUCAAGCCGGACGAGGCGGUGCUGGUGCACGCGGCGCGCAGCCUGCGGGCGGCGCAGAGCCGGCCGGAGCCGCCGCGCUGGCCCCGCACGCCCGGGGCCGCCCGCAGCCUGGCGGUGCCGGGGAGCAGGCAGGCGCCCGCGUCCCGCACGCCCACCCCCAGCGACUCCUACAGCGGGGAUCCCCCGCUCCUGCCCUACCCCGGCGAGUACUACGAGGCGGACCCGCGGGCGCUGGCGUACCAGACGGUGCCGGUGCCGGCCUCGCGGGAGUUCAGGGAGUACCCCGAGAGGGGCUGCAUGACCUUCUCGGCUCCCGGCGUCCCCGCCAAGUUCUUCUACGCGGAGGAGCCGGCGCGGUGCCCCAGCCCUGCCGUGCCCCUCCGCAGCACCGGCUACGCCAGCUACCCCUACCCCGGCCGCCACGCCAGCCUCCAGCACUUUUACCCCGAGGAGCCGGCCAAAGCCGCCGUCCACACGAUGCCGCCGCGGACGUUGUACGUGGAGGAGCCGCGGGGGUACCCGGUGCAGGAGGCGCCCGCCCGCGCCUUCUACGGGGACGAGCCCCGCUUCUACCCGCCCCGCGGCACCCCCGUCAAAGCCCUUUACGCCGACGACGCGCGGACGUACCCGGCCCUCGGCUCCUCCGCCCGGCUCUUCUACGCCGAGGACUACGGGAAGUACCGGGAGCGGGAGAUGCUGUCGCGGACGUGCCCCCCGCCCCGCAGCACUCAGCCCUUGCAUUUCGGCGACUGGUACGGCGCCGAGCGCGCCACGCUGCCCUACCAGAGCCUGCAAGUGUCGCGCUUCGCCCCGCAGCCGGCCGGCCGCGAGGCCAUGGUCUCCUCCUGGCACGCCAGCUACGGCGUGUCGCCCCCGCGCCUGGGCAGGGAGAGCCAGCACUACUCCAAAUCCUGGGAUAACAUCCUGGCGCCGGCGGCACGCCGGGACGAGGCCCUGCAGCGCGGGCGCAGCUACGAGAACCUGCUCGCCCACGAGCAGCACCGUGCCUUAUCCCCCGAGGAGCGCCGGCAGCCCGUGGUCAUCAACCUGUCGAGCUCGCCCAAGCGCUACGCCGCCCUGUCCCUCUCGGAGAGCUCCAUCCUGGAGCGGGUGCACGCCGACGGCGGCCGCGGCGCCCCGGGCCGCUCCUGGUACGUCACGCCGGAGAUCACCAUCACCGACAACGACAUCCGCGCCGACGGGCUGGGCAGGAGCGAGCGGCGCGCCGCCAGCUGGGACGUGCUGGACGGCGGCAGGGAGCGCGGCCCCUACGCCGUGCCCUGCGCCCCGCAGCCCGGCCCCAGGGACGGCGGCUCCGGGCGCCAGCGCAGCCUGGAGCAGCUGGAUGAGCUCAUCACCGACCUCGUCAUCGACUACAAGCCGGCGCCGGGCCACCGCGCCGGCGACAGGGACAGCCUGGCCGAGCAGCUCAAGCAGCUGCUGAGCAGCGGCGCCCCGGGGUCUGCCCGGCGGGGCGAGGGCAGGAGGGGUCCCCCCGGCGUGCCCGACGGUCUCCGGCCCACCAAGGAGCAGCCGGGCCCCAGCUCCCGCGCCGCCGCCGCCCCGCGCCCCACUCCCACCCCACCACCGCCCGCGGGCACCUUCGAGAAGUCUCCGGAGAACUGCUCGCCGGACCUGAGCGCGGAGGAGGACGACAUGAUGAUGUGCUCCAACGCCAAGUGCCGGCGGACAGAGACCAUGUUCAACGCCUGCCUCUACUUCAAGUCGUGCCACAGCUGCUACACCUACUACUGCUCCCGGCACUGCCGCCGCGAGGACUGGGACACGCACAAGGAGAGCUGCGUGUACGGGCGCGUGGGCAGCGUCUGCCGCCACGUGCUGCAGUUCUGCCGCGAGAACGGCGAGGUGCACAAGGCCUUCUCGCGCAUCGCCAAGGUGGGCUACCUGUCCCGAGGCCGCGGCGUGCUCUUCCUGGGCUUCCCCAACGCCGGCUCGGCAGAGAACUUCCUGCAGUUCGGGUUGGAGAGCCUCCUGAUGUCCCCCACCUACCUGUCCCUGCGGGAGCUGGAGAGCUACUCGGAUAACCUGGGGGAAUACGCCCGGGAGCUGCGGGAGACGGGCAACCAGUACGACCCCAACGAAUGUUUCCUCCUGAAUGUAACCGUGGCCGUCACCCAAAAAGUGCCAGAGAGGCCGUCACCGAAGACGCAGGUGCCGACGGUCAGGAAAUACGCCAAGGUGGCCUUAGCCUCCUCCAGCCCCGAGAAGAAGAUCCUGAAGAAGGAGAGGGACAUGGAGACGCUGAUCCUGACGCCGCCGCCCGGCACGGCGGACAUCGACAAGGAGGGGGAGGAAGGGCGCAAGGCGAGGGAGGUUUGUUUCAUCAACAUCCAGCGGGAGCUGCGCAUCCGCGGCGUCUUCCUGCGCCACGAGUUCCCGGCCGUCUACGAGCAGCUCUGCGACUUCGUGGAGAGCAACAAGCGCUUCACCCCCACCACCAUCUACCCCAUCGACAAGAGGACGGGCAAACAGUUCAUGUGCAUGAUCAUGGCAGCCUCGGAGCCCCGCACCCUGGACUGGGUGGCCAGCCCCAACCUCCUGGAUGAUAUCAUGUGAACGUGGGGUGGGCACGACCCCCCCCUCCCCCGGGAC